GCUCUCUAGGCUUUCUCGGCUAUCACCUUCAUCGAUGUCACCCUGGGGUUGUUGCGCUCAUGGCGACAGCACCAUAGCCAAGCUCGAUGUCAAGCCCAAGGUGCUCGAGGAGGUGCCCGGCAUGCGCUACCUGCUCAAGAACUGGACUAUGCUUUCCCCGCCGCCGAUUUCCUUCGCCUCAAACCACUUCUACGCCUACCGGGGUAACAUCAGCACCCCCGUAAACGGCACGACCCGUACGCUCAAUGCGUCGCUCGAAGGCACCGGCGCACUCAUGAUUGGCCCCCUCGUUCUCGAUAGUGAGUGGAUGUUGUUCCGCCAUCGCAGCCUCCUCGACCUCGCGGUCGUUGUCGUGCAGAUGAUCGUCGUCUGAUCGAUCGGCCUGCCGUGAUAGUUUAUCCUUGAAUGCAGCUACGUCAAGUACUGCGGUGGCAAGCUUAUCAACUAUCACGGCCUCAUCUACGAGGCAAGGGAACCCUCUACCUCGUCUGUG